UUCUCUAGUUUCUCUUCAACACUCGGACCUAAUGUGCUCCUAUUGUGUUUUGUCGCUAACAACAAAAACCACCUAAUUAAAUAUAAACAUCCCUACGUCAAUCAAAAGAAAAAACGAACCCCCUUGUAUCGAUUUAACAAGUUGUCAGUUCCCAUUUGAUGUGAAAGUGAAAACUUUUUCACUUAAGUGCAAUCAAUUUGUAAAAGUAUCUCUACACAUAACACAAUAAGUAGCAUCUAACUGCAAAAUGCAACUACAGAUGGGAUUCUGGAGACGAGCCGUGGAUACGGCUCUGGCGCCGAUUUCGCCAAAAAACCUACGCUUGUCAGCAAUUUUGAUUGCAAUCUAUCAAUUGCUGAUUGCUCAUGUAUUGUUGUUCAUUGUUCUAUUGGGUUUGGCUCAUGCUGAACAAAUGAAGAACAUGCUAGCUUUGGACAUCGAGGACCAGAAGGAAUAUGGAUUCUACGACUUGACCCCAUUUCCAAAUCAAAUGCGUCUCAAGACUGCAUCGCAAUUGGUUUCUGUCACCGAAGUGCUUUUGUAUAUUUUGACCGCCAUUUCGUCAGUUUAUUUACUCAGCUGCUUGGCAUUGUUUGCUGGUGUAUUUAAAAAUCGCUCCGAACUGAUACUCCCUUGGCUGGUAGUGGAAUUCAUUUUCAUCAUAAUGGCUAUGGUGGCAACGUUUUGGUGUCAGAAUGAGAAAUUCGUUGGAAUUAUUGGUGGAAAAUUUCAAUAUUUUUCCAUUUGUUUUGGAUUCAUAAUGUUUGACAGCAUCAUUUGGUACAUCAUGCAUUCAUUCUAUCAGAGUCUCCGCCAAAUGAAUAAAUUAACUGAGAUUGCAACUGUGGCCAUACCUUGUCCCCCACCAGGAUCUAUUCCAUUCCAUUUUAGACGAGAAAAUAUGUAUUUAGGCAGCAAUGGUUACAAGCAUAUUUUAUCCGAAGCUCCUGAUGGAAAUUAUUAAACUGUUAAACAUUCAUGAGUAUACUAUAAACCUUACCUAUAGCUGCGAACAAAUAUAUUAAUUUAUUAAACAAAAAACAAUUAAAUAAUUAUUAUUAGUCACACGAACUCUCUCAUUCUGUAGAUAAUUAAAUUAAUAUGGCAGGGUAAACAAUUGUGAAAACAAACAAAACAAAAAACAAAAA